AUGACUGCGAUCGAGCCCUUAGCAGAAAGCGAGUCACUCGGUAAGAAGUUAGUUGGCAUCUGCAAUGUAUUCUACCAGUUUACUAGCACCGCUGUCACACGACCAUCGAUGGCAUCCGACGCCGUCUACCAAGGACCUAGUUCAGGGCCUACUUUUGGGGAGUCGGGGGUUGCGAGAGAAGAUCAUAUGAGUCCUACUUAUUUGAGUACUUCUAUGGAUGAUAUUGAGUUUGGACAAGGUUUCGAUAACCUGGCAUCGUUUAUUGAACCACAUAUGCCAUUCAACUAG